AUGCAAGAGUUGCGGCUGUCAUUCGCGGAACCUGCAGACAUAUCGCAAGUCGUCGAUAUUCAUAAUUUCGAUGUCAACGAGGAGGAAUGUUCCACUGGCGUCGCUGCACCUAUUCCGAAGAAGGUGGGGUUGGCAGACUUCGAAUUCGUCAGCGUCGUGGGUCAAGGGGCGUAUGGGAAAGUCUUUUUGGUCCGCAAGAAGAAAGUUUCCCCGAACGUCAAGAGCGAAUUGUACGCCAUGAAGGUCUUGAAGAAAGCGAGUAUUGUUCUGCAUGGGAAAGACGCGGAGCACACCCGAAACGAACGCAGCAUUUUGGAAGAUGUCCGACAUCCCUUCAUCGUCACGCUGCACUACGCGUUCCAAACCGCCUCAAAGCUUUAUCUGAUCCUUGGCUACGCAUCGGGAGGCGAGUUGUUUACCUACCUCUCCAAAGAAAGGAUGUUUGCGGAAGAUGUGGCGUGUUUUUACGUCGCCGAGCUGCUCUUGGCAUUGGAGCACUUGCACGACCUCGGGAUCAUCUAUCGAGAUCUCAAGCCUGAGAACGUGCUGUUAAACGCCAACGGACACGUCUUGCUGACCGACUUUGGCCUAUCAAAAGUUGCUCUCGAUGCACAGACAGUCUGCGGGACGAUCGAAUUCAUGGCUCCCGAAGUCCUCGAUGACCAUCGGAAAGGAGGAUACGAGAAAGCGGUGGAUUACUGGAGUCUGGGAGUUAUGCUUUUCGAUAUGUUGACCGGAUCGCCGCCAUUUACUGGCCACAAUCGCCGGAAAAUUAUGGACGGGAUUUUGAAGAAGAAGGUUGUGUGGCCAAAGUACUUGACACCGCAAGCGCGGGACCUUUGCAACAAACUUCUACAAAAGAACCCAUCGAAGCGUCUGGGUGGAGGCAUGUAUGGAGCCGCCAUGGUGCAAAAGCACCCGUUUUUCAGGAAAGUAGAUUGGCAGAAAUUGGCCGCUCUGGAGGUGGAGCCUCCUCUGGUGCCGACUCUCACGAAUCCUGAAGAUAUCUCGCACUUCGACGAAUGCUUCACGUCGAUGCCGAUUGGAGACUCGCCGGCGGAGCUAGGCAUCGGACAAGCAAACCCAGGGGCCGAGGCGGACCCCUUCGAACAUUUUGUAGGCUUUAGUUAUGUGGCGGAACACCAGUAUAUGUAG